AUGGCGGCGAACAACAGCUCCUCGGCUUCUGAUCGGCAGCUAAGCUCGUGGUUUUUGCCGUGCAGCUCCAGUAAACGACGGCGGAUACAUUCAACAGAAGUAAACUCUCCUCCUCCUCCUCCUCCGACGACAAUCGUUCAAUUGGGAGACGAUCUCCUCGCAGAAAUCCUGAUUCGCCUCCCGAACCCCAAAUCCGCCCGUCGCUGCAAAGCCGUCUGCAAGCGAUGGAAUUCGCUUAUCUCCGAUCCAGUCCGCUUCAAUCGCCGUUUCGUUUCCCACCACCAUAGCAGGAACCGGCAACCUCCUCUCGUUCUACACUCGGACGACCCGCAAUCGAUCAUCACGAGCUUCAUCCCCAUGGACAAUACAUUUGCCCAAGACUCCUUCGCAGUAAUGGAUGCUCACAGGGACUUGGUUCUAUGCGGGUUUGCGGAUGCGGGUCCCGUCAGCGACGUCUACGGCAAAUCCUACUUCCUCUGCAAUCCGUUUACCAAGCAAUGGGUCGCCCUCCCUUUGGCGCCCGAAUUGCCCGUGCGGUGCGGGUACCACUUUGCAAGGUUAGUUUGCGAACCCCGUAUUUCGAAUAGUCUCGAUCUAGGAGGUGACCGAGGCUUCUUUCAUUCCGAGUAUCGAUUCCGAGUGGUGUGUCUAUACCGGGAUAAGAACUCUACAAAGUUGAACAUGUUCUGUUCCGAUACUGGGGAAUGGACGAAGGACAUUCUUGUUCUUCAUCGGUAUCGCCAAUUCAUGUCCAGAAAUAUAGUUUCCUGCAAUGGGGAGUUGUUUUGGAGCUAUGGUGUUCGAAGCCAAGAUCCUGGUGAUGUGCACCCGUUAAAGCCUUUCGUUGCUGCUUUUAAUCCUUUCCGUCCUGAUUUACCUCCCGCCGCCAUUGAAACUCCAUUGGUCUACGGGAAAGGGGGGUGGGAUAUUGGUGUCUCGCAAGGCGCCCUGCACGCGAUUGUAUUCGAAGAUCGAAUUGAACCUGGUCGUUCGCAGAUCGCGUUGAGCGUGUGGAGACUAGAAGAGGACCGUAGAUCCUGGAGGAGACUACGUGACGGGUUGAUGAAGGGAUCAAUGUUGCGUGAACUCCGCACCUAUGUUAGACCUUGUUUUCAUCCAGAGAAGCCGGAAGUUUUCUUCCUCCGUCAUUGUGAUGGUACUGGUGAUGGUGAAAUUGCUGCUUUGUCCUGUGAUUUCGGGGCGGGGGGAGAGCUGGAGCUCUAUGUUAAAGGAAGACCAUUCUUAAGUUAUUGGAAGUUGUUCCAAGCUGAGUUCUCUUGCUGGCCGACUUUGAUUCCAAGGUACGAGGAAUUGCGAGUUAUAUAUGAUGGAAGCCACAGCUGUUGGGUUCAGAGCCAGAAUGAGCCAACUACAAAUCCUUCAAUAGCUGGUACUUCUGCUUGUGAGUCUCUGCUAGGGUUAGUUAUGCACUAA